AUGAAUGAAGAUCAGAUACCCCCAGCUAUAAAGAACGCAUUACCAAGUCCACCAGAGAAAGAAUCAGACAUCAAAGGCUUUGAAUGGUGGAGACGUACAAUGCAAUAUCAAACAGGUUUAGGAUUAACAAAAGAAGAAUCUAAAAAAUAUGAAAAUGAUAAAAUUUAUAAAAAAAAUUUAAAAGAUUGUGAAAAAUGUUAUAAUUAUAGAGAUUGGAUUUUGAAUUAUUCACCUACUGUUAUAUUUAUGUUACAACAAAUCAAAAAAACUGGUGUAGAAAUUAAAGAUGAUGAAAUUAUUUGUGAUUUAUGUGAUGAAUGGAAAGGUGGUGGUUUUAAUCCAGAAUUAGGUAUAUUAUUAUGUCAAAAUAGAAUCAUUGAUAAAUGGCAUUUAGAAGAUACUUUAGCACAUGAAUUAGUUCAUUAUUAUGAUAAUUCAAAAUUUAAAGUUAAUUGGGUAGAUUUAAAACAUCAUGCAUGUUCAGAAAUUAGAGCAAGUUCCCUAAGUGGUGAAUGUAGAAUAAUGAAUCAAAUAAGUAGAGCUGGGUUAGGAAAAUUUGGUAGAGGUCAUCAAGAAUGUGUUAAAAGAAGAGCUGCUUUAUCUGUUAGUGCAAAUCCAAAUUGUAAAAAUAAAGAAGAAGCUAAGAAAAUUGUUGAUGAAGUUUGGGAUUCUUGUUUUAAUGAUACAAGACCUUUUGAACAAAUUUAUCGUUAG